AUGGCAGAAGUCAAGUUGGAGACGCGGGCCAGUGUAGACUGGCAGAAACGCUGCCUGGCCCUGGAAACUCAGCUUUUCCGGUUCCGGCUCCAGGCCAGUAAGAUAAGGGAGCUGCUGGCUGACAAGAUGCAGGAGCUGGAGCAGAGGCUGCUGGAGGCGGAGCAGAGAGCAGAGAACGCUGAGACCCAGGUGGGUGUCAUGGAAGAGAAGGUAAAACUGUCCAACCUGCAGAGUGUGGACUCAGCAGGCAGCCUGCACCGGAAAUACCAAGCACUGCUGAAAGCCAUGCAGGGCAAGGAUGAGCUCAUCAGCCAGCUGGAGGCACAGCUGGAAAAGCAGAAGCAGAUAAGAGCUGAGGAAGCAAAAAUUGUUCAAGAGAAAGCCGCCAAGAUCAAGGAAUGGGUGACACUAAAGUUAGCAGAGCUUGAGAUGGAGAAUCAGCACCUGAAAAGCUGUAAUCAGCACCUAGUAGAGCAAGUGGGAGCCCUUCAAGAUGCGCUUGAAGGUCUUCAGAUGGCUCCUUCAGGGAAGCUCCUGGGAGACCCCCGGGGAGCCCCAGAGGAGGAAUCUGUUUCUUCAGGGCCAGGAACCCAGACUGUGGGCCAGGACAGUGGUCCCCAGGUCCAGGAUCUAAAGCUGGAUCUGUCUGCAUCUUCUCCAGAUGCUCUGAGGAGCAAGGACUCUGUUUCUAAAACAGGAAACCCUCUGGAGGAUUCUGGUUCCAGUGUGGUUCACUCUGGGGAAAUAGCAGAGGCUAAGACACCUCAACCGCAUCUGGAAAGAGAAGGGUGUCCUCACCAGUUGAGCAUGAAGACUCUUACUCCCAGACAUGGUUCAGCUUCUUGGGGUGAGGGCCUGGUCACUGCUCAGGGAGUAAUGCUCCCUGGAACAAAGACCUCUGCCAGAGAAGGUGGCCCUGGCAGCAGCCUGACCCUGCCAAAGGUGCGGGCUCCUCGCACCCCUCGUGACAGCAUCCAGGUGGCCAAAAGGCACCACAGCCAGCCGCAGGCAGGCCCUGGGCACUUCCACCACGUGGUGAGCAUUGAGAUUGGGGCCUUCUCAGCAAUCCAGCCCUCUGGCCUUCACAAGCUGGAGGCCCAAGCUGAGUCUCGGGAAGAACCUGAGCAGAUGGAGAUGGAGGAGCCACCCCCAGCAAGGAAGGAGGAAAGAAAGAGCCCAAAGACCUUGCAAGCUGAGCUGGAGGAAGUAGAGCUGGGGAAGAAACCACCCACACCCCCCCUGCACCGGUUUCCAUCCUGGGAGAGCCGAAUCUAUGCUGUGGCCACAUCGGGCAUGCAACUCUCAGACGUGCCUCCCAAGAGCAACGCUGCCUGCUGUGCUUCCAGCCCUCCUGCUCGUGCAUCCCCUGGGCCUUUCUCUGGCCUCAUCUACAAGAAUCUCACUGUGCCUGUCUACACAGCACUGAAGGGGAGAGCCACCCAGAUCAGCAGUGUGCCCUUUGUGGAGGACUCCUCUGGGUCUGAUGAUGACUGCAGCUCUCAGGCGAGUUUUCGAACUUCAGUGCCCUGCUCUGAGUCCAGGAAGACCAGUGGACUAGGCAGUCCUCGAGCCAUCAAGAGAGGUGUCUCCAUGUCCUCACUGAGCUCCGAGGGCGACUACGCCAUCCCCCCAGAUGCCUGCUCACUGGACAGUGACUACUCAGAGCCCGAGCACAAGCUGCAGCGCACCUCGUCCUACUCCACCGACGGGCUGGGCCUAGGCAGGGAGUCAUUGGAGAAGUCAGGUUACCUGCUGAAAAUGGGGAGCCGGGUGAAGACAUGGAAGAGGCGCUGGUUUGUGCUGAGACAGGGACAGAUUAUGUACUACAAGUCCCCGAGUGAUGUCAUCCGGCAACCUCAAGGUCAAGUGGAUCUGAACUCCCGCUGUCAAAUUGUUCGGGGGGAGGGUGCCCAGACAUUCCAGCUCAUCUCUGAGAAGAAAACCUACUACCUGACGGCUGAUUCACCCAGCCUGCUGGAGGAGUGGGUCCGAGUGCUACAAAGCCUGCUGAAGGUGCAGACCACUGGGCCUCCAAUCCUGCCUCGGGGUGGCACCAAGCCCACUGUCAAGGGCUGGCUGACCAAGGUGAAGCAUGGUCAUUCCAAGCUGGUCUGGUGUGCUCUUGUUGGGAAAACUUUCUACUACUAUCGGAGCCAUGAGGACAAGCGACCCCUGGGCCGUCUGCCUGUGCGGGAUGCGCGCAUAGAGGAAGUAGAUCGAUCCUGUGACUCAGAUGAGGACUAUGAGGCUGGAGGAACGGGCAGGCUGCUUUCCUCCCACUGCACCCUGGUGAUCCACCCCCCAGAGCACAGCCCCACCUACCUCCUCAUUGGCACAAAGCAUGAAAAGGAAACAUGGCUUUACCACCUCACCGUGGCUGCAGGUGGCAGCAGUGCCAAGGUGGGCACUGCCUAUGAGCAGCUCAUUGGAAAACUGAUGGACGGUGAGGGAGACCCAGACUCCCCCGUCUGGAGGCACCCCAUGCUGUGCUACAGCAAAGACGGGCUGCACGCCUCCCUCACCACGCUGCCCUCCGAGGCCCUGCAGACGGAGGCCCUCAAGCUCUUUAAGUCCUGCCAGCUCUUCAUCAACGUGCCUGUGGAAGCCGCCUCCGUGGACUACCAUGUGUCCCUGGCCCAGACGGCAUUGCAGGUCUGCCUGGUCCACCCUGAGCUGCAGAGCGAGAUCUAUUGCCAGCUCAUGAAGCAGACUAGCUGCCGCCCGCCUCCAAAGUACUCCCUCAUGCAGUGCUGGCAGCUCCUGGCUCUGUGUGCCCCACUUUUUCUGCCUCAGCAUCACUUCCUCUGGUAUGUCAAACAGCAGCUUCAACGCCAUGCAGAUCCCAGAAAUGAAACUGGCCAGUAUGCCACCUACUGCCAGCGAGCAGUGGAACGGACCCUGCAGAGCGGGGAGCGGGAAGCCAGGCCAUCGCGCAUGGAGGUGGUGUCCAUCUUGCUGCGCAACCCCUUCCACCACUCCCUGCCCUUCAGCAUCCCCGUGCACUUCGCCAACGGGACUUACCAGGUGGUUGGUUUUGAUGGCUCCUCCACAGUUGAUGAGUUCCUCCAGCGGCUGAACCAGGAGACAGGCAUGAGAAAGCCAUCCCACUCUGGUUUUGCCCUCUUCACAGACGAUCCUUCCGGCAGGGACCUGGAACACUGCCUGCAGGGGAGUGUCAAGAUCUGUGAUGCCAUCUCCAAGUGGGAACAAGCCCUGAAGGAGCUGCACCCUGGGAAGUCUGAGGGCGGGACACGUGUCGUGAAGUUGAUGUACAAGAACAGGCUGUACUUCCGCAGUCAAGUCAAAGGGGAGACGGACCGAGAGCGGCUCCUCCUCGCCUCUCAAACUAGUGGAGAGAUAGUGGCAGGGAGGUUUCCUGUCAACAAGGAACUGGCUCUUGAGAUGGCUGCUCUGAUGGCCCAGGUAGAAUAUGGGGACCUGGAGAAGCCUGCCCUGCCAGGCCCCGGAGGCACACCGUCUGCCAAAGUCCAGCACCUCCUCCAGCAGGUCCUGGACAGGUUCUACCCAAGGCGCUACAGACAUGGGGCCCCCCCAGAACAGCUGAGGCACCUGGCAGACAUGCUGACCACAAAGUGGGCAGCACUACAAGGCUGCUCCCCUCCUGAGUGCAUCCGCAUCUACCUGACCGUGGCCCGGAAAUGGCCUUUCUUUGGUGCUAAGCUCUUCGCUGCUCAACCUGCCCCAAUGGCUCCCAAAGAAAACUCUCUGGUGUGGAUUGCGGUGAAUGAAGAUGGUGUCAGCGUCCUGGACCACAACACUAUGCAAGUGCACGUCACUUACCCCUACUCUUCAGUGACAACCUUUGGUGGCUGCAGGGAUGACUUCAUGCUUGUGAUUAGAUCCAUUCCAGACCAGAGCUCUGGAAAAAUCCACAUUGAGAAGUUGAUCUUCCAGAUGGCUGCUCCCAAGAUUGCAGAAGCUACUUUCAUCAUGGCCAGCUACAUGAACCACUGCUCUGCAACUGUGAACCCAUCCACCAACCCACCUGUAGCCCGUCAGCUGUGGGACCUGGAUGGACAACAGCUCUUUGCUUCAGUUCCCCGUGCUACAAAGGGGCCAACAUUGCUGUGAAUAUUUCUCUCCCUUUCCCCACCACCACUGAUGCCUCUGGGAUUAGACUGUAUAUCCUGGGGUA